AUGCAGGCUGAUCAAGCCGCACCCAAGCCGACCCAAGCCCAGACGCCCGACGAAUCAUCGAGCUCGCCGCCGGCCCAGCCAGACGACACCACCACACCCGCGAGCCAAUCUACACUACCACACCGGCCUUCGGCCAAUCGAAGCGGGCCGCGCUCGCGCCAGGGCUGCUGGACCUGCCGAGAAAAAAAGGUCAAAUGUGACGAGGGCCGUCCCGUGUGCCAGAGAUGCAUCCGCCUGCGCCGCCAGUGCGACUACAGGCCUCGCCCACGCAAGCCCUACACCAGAAAGGCCUCCAGCGCCCGCACUCCGUCAUCUUCAUCCGGCCGGGCCGAGACACCAUCUCAGGGCGCCGCCAGUCCGUCGAGCAGCAGCACUAGCAGCGGCAGCAGCGACCGCGACCCCCAGUCCCCGCCGGAUUAUGCCCGCCCUCCCAUCCCCAGCUCCGCCGCGCAGAUCAUCGCCAGGAGGGCCUCGAGACAUGAUAGCUUGGCCACCCUCGCCUCCGGCCUGCAGCAGCCAGAGAUGGCCGCCGCCUGCUCCGUCGUCUUCACCCCUGCAGACCACGAGGCCAUCUACUACUACCGCACCCGCUUCUCCACUAACCACCACACCAAGAAUCCCGAGUAUUCGGUCUUCUCGCUGCUGUUCCUGCAGGCCCAGCGCCAUGCCAUGCCCAUGCACAUGAUCUUGGCACUCGCCGACCAGGAGCUGAUGUGGCUGCGCAGCAUCCAGCAGGACCUGGUCCCGGCUGCCAACCGGCCCAAUUCGCAAAAGUCCGUCAGCCACUACACCGAAGCCCUGCACCUUAUGACGCAGCAGAUGAGGCCGGAGAACGGCGAACUGGACAUCGACCAGGUGCUGGCCGCCCUGUGGCUCAUGAUCGCCUAUGAGCAAAAGUACGGUGACGGGGGUGGGAUCGGAUUGUCGAAGCACCUGCAGGGAGCUGCGUCGAUCUUGCGGACACGCUUCCAGCCUCUGCUGCAAGUCUCGGCCGCCGAUAAGGAUCUGAGUCAAGCCAUGGAUGUGGACAUCGACAGCACGAGCCAGGCGGUUGUUGCGGCCCCAGCAGCCUCUUCACCGCCGGCUAAUCAGGCCUUGAUCUCCUUCUUUGCGGCCCGCAUGAUGGUGUGGAUGGCGGUGCUGGAUGCCGGGGCCGCCUUCGGCAUUGGCUCAAACUUCGGCGGGUCCGUCAACAAGCUUGUGCGCCAGAUCGCCGGGGAGGAGAAGGGCAAGCUGCUGCGCGGCUUCAACGCCAUCCAUGAGUACAGUGAGCCUCUGUUCCGCACCACCUGGGGCGAGCGGUACCCGCAGGCCGAGCUGGUCGACGACAUGGACAACCGCAAGGUCUACAGCCUGUACGCCAAAGCCGCGCUGAUCCGGUACGAGAACGCCGAGUUCAGCGCCGCCCUGCACCGCGGCGACGAUCAGGAAGCCGCACGGCGCGCCAUCGACAUCGAGGGCGCCUUCUGCAUGCUGCGUGACGAGUUCGCCGAGCUGCUGGAUCUGGCCUCCCGCCUGAGCCCUGAUGUGGACCACAGCCGCCGCCUGUACCAGAACAUUCGCUACGUGGUGCCGCACUACUACGCCAUGGAGCUGGAGUUUCUGCGGCUAACGCGGUUCGCCGAGCCGUUGGCGGCCCCUAGCCCCAUGCAGAAAAGGGCGCUGCACGAGAUCAUGAACUUGGCGUACCAGGGGUACAAGCACGAGGGCGAGCGGUUCCUGCAACGCAUCCCGCUGCCGCUGCUGUUCGCGGGUAUGGAGACGGAUGACCUCAUCCACCGGGCGUGGAUCCUCGACCGGUACCAAGGCCUCACCAAGUACGGCAAGAACUACGCACGGGCAUUCGACUGCCUCAAGGCCGUGGUCGAAGAGCAGGACAAGGCGGGCGGGCGGCGCGUCGAUCACAUGCUGUUGCUGGCCGAAGGGCGGUUUGAGCAGUUUGUGAUCUGA